AUGGAAGGCAUGAAUGAUUGGCUCUCCUUCUCCAUGCAUGAGAGUCUCAACCAUGACCUUGCCAUUAGAAGAUUUUGUCCUGCUAGAAUGGAGCUGGAACAAGGAGAAGAGUACUGGGAGGAGAUAACAUUCAGUGAGAUUGAACUGUUGUCACCUGAUGAUGAUAAUACCACUAGCCCUCCUCGCUUAGCUGCUUCCGAGGUGGAUGAAUUGGUUGAUAGCUUUAUUAAUGUGGAUCAAGAUGAUGACAAAGAUUAUAGAUCCCCUCAGAAGGACCAGCAUUUCAACCAAUUCCAAGAUGAUCAGAUAGAGGCAUUUUCCAUGGUGAAUGAUGUUUUCCAAGAUGUUCCAAUGAUGAAUAUAGGAGAUGAAUUGGAAAAGAGUGGCACUUUUGAAGAUCUUGUAGCUGUUUCUGAUAUGGAGCCUAGAGUGGAAGAGGAGACUCAGGUUGUAGACCAGGGCCUUCAUUUGGUUCACUUGUUGUUGGCUAGUGCUGAGGCUGUGGGCUGCAGAGACACACAACUAGCAGAUACAAUGCUUGACCAAAUUUGGCCUUCAGUUAGUCCAUGGGGUGAUUCUUUGCAUAGAGUUUCUUAUUGUUUUUCUAUGGGAUUGAAGUGUAGAUUAUCUCAUCUUAAUAAUGUGAAUGCAAAUGGGACAUUCACAAAUGGUGAUGCUACGGAUAGAUCAUUGAUCACUAGGGCGGAGAAAAUGGAAGCUUUUCAACUCCUUCACCAAACAACUCCUUAUAUUGCUUUUGGUUUCAUGGCUGCAAAUGAAGCAAUAUGUCAGGCAGCACAAGGUAAAGACUCAUUGCAUAUAAUUGAUCUAGGAAUGGAGCACACCCUUCAAUGGCCUUCUUUGAUGAGGACACUAGCUUCAAGGCCUCAAGGCCCGCCGAAAGUCCGAAUCACAGGAUUAAUAAACGAUCAAAAUUUGUCAGAGCUUGAAGCUAGCAUGAAAGCACUUUCCCAGGAUGCUAGCGCAUUAGGAAUCCGUUUGGAAUUUAACAUGAUAUCAGAUCCAGUUACACCAUUGCUUUUAACUACAGAGAACCUUGACUUGAGAGAAGGGGAAGCAUUAUUUGUCAAUAGUAUAAUGCACUUGCACGAGUUUGUGAAAGAGAGUAGAGGCUACCUCAAGGCAAUCCUCCAAGCAUUUAAGAAAUUAAGUCCAACAUUGCUCACUGUGGUAGAACAAGAUGCAAACCACAAUGGCCCCUUCUUUCUUGGAAGAUUUAUUGAAUCUCUCCAUUACUACUCGGCCAUUUUCGAUUCCCUUGAAGCUAGUCUUCCAAGAAAUAGUCCGCAAAGGAUGAAGAUAGAAAAGGUUCAUUUUGCUGAGGAAAUUUGCAGUAUCAUAGCUCAUGAGGGUUCUAAUAGGACAGAGAGACAUGAGAGAGCAGAUCAAUGGAGAAGGCAAUUAUCUCGAGCAGGGUUUCAAGUAAUGGGAUUGAAUUGCAUGAGCCGAGCUAGAAUGAUGCUCUCUGUUUAUGGCUGUGAUGGUUACACUUUAGCUAGUGAAAAGGGUUGUCUCCUCCUUGGAUGGAAAGGCCGGCCUAUCAUGCUAGCAUCUGCAUGGCAAGUGCACAACCUUUCUUCCUCCUAG